CAAGGCCGCCCCGCCUUCUGGCUCUGCCGGAAGUGACGCGCGGAGGUCAGCGGCGGAGGACAGCGCGUUCGGGGUCCCCGCCAAGAUGGGCCGCGAGUUCGGGAACCUGAGCCGGGUGCGGCACGUCAUCUCCUACAGCCUGUCGCCCUUCGAGCAGCGCGCCUUCCCCCACUACUUCAGCAAGGGCAUCCCCAACAUGCUGCGGCGCGUCAAGGACAGCCUCCUGCGGGUGGCCCCGCCAUUUGUAGGGGUUUAUCUUAUCUACACAUGGGGGAACCACGAGUUUGAGAGGUCCAAGAGGAAGAAUCCAGCUACCUACGAAAAUGACAAAUGAACAGCUUACCGGCAUGAAGGUUUACUCGCUCUGAAAGACCCUUCUCUGGGAGAGGAGUCUGUAUUGUGUCUUGAAGAUAUAAUAAACUUCUGGGCUGUAUA